CUGUGACCCUCACCAAGCUGAGGUAGCGCAUACAUACGCGAAACCAAUUCAAUGCUUACAGACUAAUACACGCAGGUAGCAACUCUGACCGACUAUCAGUCCCAAGCACGUACUCCCCCGCGAUUUGCUACUUCUACCGACAUGAGCAGUGGGAUGGCGAGAGCGAUGCAGCAAGUUUCGAGGCCACAUGAGGUGCAGGGAGCAAGUAUGGCAUCGUUUUCUCAGAUGCCCAGAAGUUCCGAGUCUAUUCCAACUCCGCCCACCCCCGGCACGGCACAGCCGCGAGUUAGCCACACCCGCGGGCGCAAACGGAAGCAAGGGGCGCUCGCAUGCGAGAAAGCCCAAGGUCAGCAGCAAGGAGUGGCCGCUGCAGGAUUCGGCAAAGAGUGCGAGCUGCAUCAUGCCACGAACGAUUCUCUGUGCAACCGCAGUGGACAGACAAUUGCGGCACCGACAAGCCACUUGAAUCCUGCGAAUCUCGCAGCCGCUGCAUGGACUGACGCUGGCGACGCCCGAUGGGGCAACCCCACGUGGGCAGCUGAGCCGAGCAGUGCGGGCCACGCGGCUCCGAACACCAUGGCACGAGACUUGAAGCCCGAUCCCACUGCGACGUGCCAAACGGCCGUGAACCCACCUCCCAACACGCCACUGCCACGCGCUACUUGCCCUGCCGCCCCCACUGAAGCUGCGGCACUCUGCACGGCCUCUGCCGGCCAGCGCGCAUCUACCUUCACCGCCGCGGGCCCCUGCACUCCUCGCCGCUCCGUGUCGCUCCGGGCCGCGCAGAUUUGCACUUCUCGUGACACCCGCCCUUCCGCCCCCUGCGCGCGCGAUGCUAUCAGCGACAGUGUCGCGUCGCCCAUCCUCGUGCCACCGUCGCCCCUCGCCACCACUGCCCCCGUGACGCCCGCCUUCGCCUCUCAAUCCGCCACCGCUGCUGAGCCAGCAGAUUUGGCGGAAGAGGGUGGCGCAGCAACGGGAGGAGGUGCGGCGGAGACGAUGGUCUUCCAGUCCACUCAGAAGAGCGCGGCCGCGGGUGCUGAUGGGAGAGCACGGGGCAAGGGGAGGAGGCGAGGCGGGAAGGUGAGGCGUGCGACAGAGAAGGAGAGGGCACCGGUGAAGAGGAACCAAGACGGGGGGCACGACGCAGCUGCUGACGCAGCGAAGGUAGCGCGAUCGGCGGGCUCCGCUCCGCUGCGGCAGUCUGGAUCGCGCCCCGGCAAGGACGGCGGAGAGGGGGAGCUGCCGUGCGGCGGCGGCGGCGGAAAGGCGAGCAGCAGCGGUGGGGCAAGAGGCGGCACUCGCAGCGAGCGCGAGGGUGCGAGCGAGCGCGAGCUGAAGCGGCCGCGAUUUCAGGCGUGGCAGAUCGAGUUCCUGGAGGAGAGCUUCCUGGCGGACUACACGCUGGAGCCCGACCGCAAGCGCGCGCUCGCGGCGGAGCUGGGCGUGCAGCCGCGGCAGGUGGCGGUGUGGUUCCAGAACCGGCGCGUGCGGUGGAAGUCGCGGCAGAAGGAGGCGGACCUGGACUCGCUGAAAGGCGCGUACGACGAGCUGGAGGACGACUGCGAGUCGCUGCGCUCCGAGUACGAGCUGCUCAAAGGCGACUACGAGGAGCUGCUCGCCGAGAACUCCGGACUCUACUCCAAGAUUCUGCUGCUGACGCGUCUAGUGGCUGUGCGGGGUCAGGGCGUGGAACAGGCGCAGAGCGAGCAGCGAGGCGGUCAGUGCGACGGCACGGACCACAUGGCGGAGAUGGGCGUGCAGGCGGGCGUGGGUGCGGAAGCCGCCAGCGAGUGCGAGCGAUCGCCCAUGCAUAGCAGCGGGGGCAGCAAGGCAAUGCAGCAAGCAUUCAGCGAGGCGAGCGCAGGGAGAGCAGAGUGGGAGGAGCAGCCAUGGAACGAUGAUGAUGCGGGCAAGCACGAGCGGGAGACUGGACGGAGCGGCACCCAGGGCGCCACCAACACUGCAAGCACGGGCACGCCAACAGCGGAAGGCGGGAGGCGCAGAGGCGUGGCGCUAUCGCCCCUUGAGCUGCCACCGUGUGCUGUUGACAUGUCUCUGCCGAGCCCUCUAUCUGCGGCAGGCUUUGACCCAACUAGCAAUGCAAGGAAAGAGCUCACAUGCCAUGGCAUGCAGGCCAAAAGGCCCCCCGAUGGGUGUGUUGCGGUGCUGAGUGCGGAUUUCCUCUCAGCCACGCACCACUCCACUGAGCCAGCAGCAGGCAUGGCAGCGCUGUCACGACACGGCACCCCGCUGAUGGUCAUGGAGGGCUCAUUCGACGCCUUCACAUCGCUCCUCACCGCACCCGAUGCACUCGCCUGCGAGCCCUACUGGCCUCACACCAGCAGCCCAAGCACACAUGCCGCGCCUGUGUUUCCCGCUCCAUCGCCCCCUCCUGCUGACGCUGAAGGCGCCGGGCCUGCAGGGACUGCUGGAGUUUUCGCCCCCCCGGCAUCAGCUGGUGCUCAAGUGGGUACGGCAUGGGGAUGUUACCCGACAGGCAGCAAUGCACAGAUAGAGGAGGGGAGCGGGGGACCAGAGUGGGAGGGAGCACCAGCACAGCUGGCCCUGCCCAUGGCCCUUGGUGAAGCUGGGGAAGCGGGAGAAGCAGGAGCACAGCCAGCCAGCAGCCCGGCACUCAUUGCACACCCCACCAUCCACCUAACUUCUCCACCUCUGCCCUCACCCCUGUCAGCCACAACACCUUUAGGCUACUUGCCAGAGCCUGAGCACCUUUCGCUACCCUCCCUGCCUGCAGCUGCCUCUACGCAGCCAUUUCAAUCUAUCAUGGCCAUGCCAUUAGCUACCAGUGAAGCUGGCAGUCCACCUCGUAGCAUGAUGGCACUGGCUGCUUCUUAUGCUUCCCCCACACCAGACAGCCCAGCUUUACAGGCCCUUCCCCAGGACCUGCAGCUGCCGCUGGGCACGUCAUCUGGUGAUGGCUCAGAACGGAAGAGAACUGGCUUACCUGCGUCUUCUCCUUGCACCGGCGCGCAGGGUAGUGGGAACAUGGGGUACCUACCUCUGGUGGUGCACGACGAUGGGCUAGCGCCUGCAGACCUGAUUCCCCGCACCGGCUACACAGGCAAUGCUGAGGCGGGUGGUGCUGGGCCACCUCAGUGGCACCAGUCAUUCAACUGCCAAAACUUAUCAAUAAGCUCUGUGAACACUAAGAGUGGACCAUAUAUGCCUGCUCUUAUGUUCAAGCAGCAACAGCAGCAACAACAUGAGCAAGAGGAUGUUGAAACCCACACUAGAAAUGUGGCUAUGGUACAGCCACUGUCAAGUGGCUUGAUGUUGCAGGCCACUGGAGGUGCAUCAACCAGUGUAUCUCCCGCCGACAUGGUUCACAUUUGCAACAUUGAUACGAUGGAGGAAGGUCUACAGGAGCAGCUGGCACCGCCAGCAACUGUGCACGUUGCAGGUCGAGAAGAAGCUACCGGUAAUAGCUUAAGGAAUGGGCCUUAUGGGAUGGGUGAUGAGAUGCUUCUGAAUAAUUGGUGGGAUGGGAUAAGCAACUAAAGCACGUUAUGGAGUGUUUAUUUUGAUG